AGCGUCGCGUUCGGUUCACAGCUUGCCGCGAGUCGUUUGGGUAAAGACCUGUGAAACGGUUAUUUUUUUUUGUUUUGGCUUACUGUUUUAUGUUUGGUUUUGUGUUUCUGUGUGUGUGUUUAUUAUGUUCUGUGGAUCCUUCGCAGACGCAGAGUGAUCUUCGCGCGCGCGUCCCUCCUGGCUUCGGGCCUCUGUAGAUCUCUGUUUCUCUAUUUUCUAUUGGUUGGCAAUUUCUCACAGCAAUAAUUUGCAGUUGAUUAUUAUUGGAGAAAAGAAUAAUUAGGGGAAUAUGAUGGUUGGGGAUAUCGAAUAAAUCGGAUUGUGAAACGGCCGAUAUAAUAACGCUGAUGAUGAUGACGAUGGACUAGCGGAUUACUUACUCUUCACAUCGGUGCGGAUUAAUGUGCGAUGACUUUUGGGAUUCGUUCGGGGGCUCACCGUGGAUCGAGAAGCAAUCAUCGGCAGGAAAUAUCCGUGUAGUGUGUGAUUAUUCGAACCGCCUGAUUGAAAUUCUUAUUUUUUCUCUCUGUCGGCAGAAUAUUUAUAUCCGAGAGAUUGAUCGAGUUCUGUGUUAGACGGGAAAAAAACAAGAAGAGAUAAACGUACGCAGCUAAUGAAAAUGAUGAAUGCAACAGUCGUGGUUUAUUAUCGAGGCAAAAGAUAGGCGGUGAACAAGAAUUUUCAAUCACGUGUGCCUUUUUGGAGAUUGGUUUCAGUUUAAGUGGAUGCGAGAUUCGUGACGGGAAACAAAAACCAAAGACAUCAAUUAAUUGGAUUAAACAUUUGACCCCGGAUUGGGAGGACACUGAGCUGAUUCAGAGGAAAUAAGCUGCAGUGAAGAAUCGAUACUGGAUCCAGAAUGACAGUAGCAUAAGUAAAUCCCAACCCACACCAUAUAAUCGUGAUCAUUUUCGGCUAAUCAAAACGCAAUGAGUCCGGUAAAACCGGCAGCUCCCGCGGGGAGCUUCGCCACUAUUAGAACGCGUGGUUUAUCGCGCAGCACCAGCCGCUCGGAACAGCAUGCCAGCUCGCGAAGAAACUCCGGCAAUAGGAAGUCCGCUGGAUCGGAAUCUUUGUACGAUGAGGGCGAGGACGGCCGGAGCCGCAAAGGUUCACUAUACAAAGGCUCGUCCGAGAAGCUGGUUUGUGUUCCACCACCGGUCCCACCGAGGAUUAAUUCGGAGCUUACGACAAAAAGUGGGGCCGACAAAAAGCCGGAAGCUGAGAGCCAAGAAAACAACAUCCUCAAUCCGUAUCGGGAUGAUGAUGACGUGUACUGCACUUCUCUGCUGACGUAUGAAACAUUUAAACCGUUGAAAAGUCCGUCGGUUAAGGAUGACAUGUGUGACUAUUUGAGCUUAGUGCAGUCUUCGGAAUGCAUCGAUCGAUUGAAUUAUGACUUCGAGCUACCCCAGCUGAGGAGUCCGCAGUAUAUAACCGAGCUGAAGCUCAUCCACUCCAAGGCAAUGGAAAGUGGGACGCUGUUCCCACGACCGGAAAGCCCACCGUACGCCAAAAUUCGAUCCAGCUAUCGCUCGACGACUCCGGAGAGUGUUGACAAUUGCUCUUCCGGCUCGUCGACCUACUCCAAUCCGAUCGCAAGUGGAAACACUAGCAGUCUGAGUGGUUUUCUGGGGAAUGAUGAUGGGAUGAAGUCACACUCGAAUGGUAAGGCUUCCACUUUGCAGUACAGAAAAUCUUACUCAAGCUCACGAUCGGAGAUUAUAUACGAAGAAUCGAGGAAACUGCUGAGCACCGGUGGUCAAUCGAGUGACACCGACUCGGGCUACGAUGGCGGCCAAAGCAACAGCUACUCGGAGAUGCACCGAAGUGCCGAACUGCUAAAUGUGGACUCCGGAGUUCAGCGGUAUUCGCGAGGAUACUCCACGUUGGGACAUCCGCGGGAUGUUCACAUUGGAGGAAGCGGCUAUCCCAAGAUCGGCGGUGGUGGUGGUGGUGGUGUCGAGAGCAAGUCGACCGGUUCGUUGCACGAAGCUCACCUAGGGAAAUCGGAACAGCUGUUGGAUCACAAGAUCGGCAGCCAGACCACUCUCCGGAAUAAACCGAUUAUUCCGUGGUACGAGUUGGCCAUCCGUAAGGACCACCGCCAGAGCUGUCCCCCGUUGCAGGCUAACGUCGUGGCGGCUUUCGAGCAGAGCUUGGUGAGUGUGUCGCAAAAGCUACACAAGCUGACCACCUCAACGGAGGAGAAGGACAGUGAAAUUCGAGAGAUGAAGCAAACGAUCGAACUUCUUCGGCAGCAGUCCGCCGGUAUAGCUGCUACCCAGCUUUUGGCCUUAAGUGCAGCUCACGGAACAACGACCAGUGGAACUGUGCAAACUAAUCCACCGGCAACUCCAACUCCUUCGCAGAGCGAGAUGAAACGCCACGGCAGUUCCAGAUCGAUAUACUCGUCCAAUCCAGGCAACAUACACUACUCCGUUCCCGACAAGCUGCACAAGAAGAAAGGUGGCAUCCGUCACUCGAUAACUAGGGCCUUCUCUCGGAAUCAGAAGGGGCCCCGUUCAAGCCGCCCGGUCAGCCAAAACUCCAACCCAGACCUCGAUUUGAUCAUGCAAAGCUACUCGAGCCAAGAGGAUGUCUGUCUAACUCCCCAACUGUACGUUCCACCGUUGUCUCCGACCAAAAGUAGCCCACCGAGCUCGAUAAGUCCGGUUCAAAGCAUCGAUCACCAUCCAACCUACGACAUGGACGGGAACCCCGUAGUCGAGCACCUGGUAAAGCAGCUGCGCGAGAAAGACAUGGUGCUGACCGAUAUCCGCCUGGAAGCACUCACCACAGCCUCCCAGAUAGAGAACCUCAAGGACACGAUGCUGAAAAUGCGAACCGAGAUGCUGCAACUGAAGCACAACAAUGAUCGUCUGCAGCACAUCGUAACGCGACGUUCGAUUUCCGGAAGUGACGUCUCGCUUGGCUCAACUAGUCCGACUAACUGCAGCGGCGAACCUUCCGCGCGGAGAUUCAGUGCUUCCACGGACUAUCUCAGCAGUCGACCCCCACUCGAUCUUCCGCUUAAUCUGGACGAAAGCGAGGAAGAUGGCACGACUGUGGCACCAAUCAUGCCCGAGCCUCUGCCGGAACCAUUGAGUCCGGCGUUCAUUGCCGACCUCUCGCCCUCACUGGACCGUUCUUCGAUCUGCGAGGAAAUCAUUGCGAUCACUUCGGAAUCACCAUCGGAUCAGUUCGAUGGCAAAAAGAUUGCCAUCGCAGUCUACCUCGGCCAGAUGGACCUAUUCGCCCGAUACCUCGAGGAGAUGAAUCGCAACGGUCACCAGGAGAAUGGAAAAAUCAAGCAGAACGAGUUCACGAUCGCGUUCACGUACGUGUCCGGGAAAACCAGCUGGCAGAGUUUGGACUACAUCGUGCGGCGAAGCUUCUGUGACUUCCUCGAGCGGGUAGAUCCCACGGGACACUUGCGUCUCAACACGGAGUCGAUCGCUUGCUACCACAUCGGGGAAGCCAAGCGAAACCACAAGCUACACUUGCCGGAACUGCUGCCGUACGGUUACAUCGUUGGCAAUGUGGACACGCUGUACGUUUGCCUCCGAGGUGUCAGCAACGUGGCGCUAGAUAAUCUGAUCAUCAAGAACAUGGUGCUGAGAUACAAAUCGUCCGCCGUUGUUGAUCCGAAGCGGGCCAGUGCGCGCGCCUCGAUGGAGUCCAUUGAGAGUAGUUGUUAGGUCGGUUUGUACGUGUUUGUGCGCAAUUACUAUGUAUAUUUCGUGUGUGCGUGGGUAUUUAUGAGGGCAUUCCUUUGAUUAGGCAUUAUCCUAGCAAUAGUUUUUUUUGUUCUUGCAAGAAUGGUACAUUGGGAUCACACUAGUUUUGGCUUAUUUUUCUUUUCUGGAUGGACAGUACUUAAAUCCUAAUUGAAGUCGUGGAAAAAUACUUUGAGAAAUUCAAAAUUUACAGUUAUGAGUUUUUGUUUUCGUAAAUUCGCUUAAAUUUUCUAAAUUUUAUCAAUCCAAAAGAAACAUAUCCUAUCUAUUCAUCGAAGCUACUUUCAUUACUAGCUAAUGUUUUUUAAGAGUGUAUAACUUAUGUUUCGUUCAUCGCUCUAAGUUACAAUUGUUGUGUGAUUCGGUCGUAAAGAACGAAUCGCUGGCGAUUCGUCAAGCAAUGAGCCAAACGUCUUGGUAAUUCAAAUCAAAAUUGAACAAAGAGUUGAGAUUCGGCAGGGCGCUGUAUUUGAAGACCUUUCCAUCGUCGGAGAUGGUUAAUAUAUCAAAAUUAUAGUAACUUAAUAUAUAUAUUUCUGCAACGUAUUGCCUUAUAUUUAUACUAUCUUAUUGUGCACCUAAUUCACAUUCGAAUUGGAACUGACUGCUCUGUCAUUACAAUCAUGAAUGUUUGCCUUAGAAUAAAGACUAUUCAGCUAA